CUGUCCAUCUGAGGUCCAUCUCACCUCCCUGCUUUGAGUCCUGUGCUCUGCAGGGAGAGGGACGUUGUUUCUUUUCUUAAGGUGGAGGUUGACCAUGAGUCUUGGUUUUCUUCUGCCCUCCAGGGAAGCUGUUGCCUGUCACAACAAGUUCAGGAGGAAGUGCAAUUCAUUCUUUGUGGAGUUCAUCAGCAUCUACUUCCUGGGAGACAAGCAGACGCCGUCUGCCCAGAUCAUUCAGCGACUGCUACAGUUUGUGGCUUCCAAACCUAACCCUGAACAUCAGGCAUGGAGAAGGGCCUACAAGCCAAGAAGUGAGUUGUCACCCUUUGAGGAGUGCAUGGACACCAGUCCCACCAUCCAGUCUUCCCUCCUGAAGCUGCUGCUGCGAUGCGGGUUCAACAAUGUCAAGGUUUACUUGGAAGAAUACUUGUCCCAGAUGGAAGAAAAGAUAAUGUCCCACCAAAGUAAUAUUGACCAUUUCUACUUCAUGGUGGUGCACUGUCUGGAGGAUUUUAUGUAUUCUUCUUCUGAAGAAGACAUCAACCAGCUGGCUGAGCACUGCCUCUCCACCGCAGACAUAGCGGCCUUCUGCAAGCCCCAAGUCUCAAAGAUCAACACCCUGGAGUUCAUUGCCCAGCUCCGGCUCUCCAUCAGCCACGUGGCCACUGUGCUUGGCAGAUGGAUGCUUCCAGAUCCUGAUGCACCCACUACAGAAAGGACUGAGAAAAAGCAAGACCUGGUGAGGGCAAUGAAGAAGCUGGUUGCAAAGGCUCCAACUCCAUGGCCUCAGGUGUUCCUCAUCAGAAAUCUCUGUGACCUCUAUGGGUUCACUUCUAUGUGGAAGAUUCUCCAGGUGGAGAAGUGGAUUCUACCCCAAGGAGUAGAAGUUUCACAGUGUAGAAGAGCCUGGUCCAAUACAACAUUGAUGUUUUGUGUGCUGGACAAAGCACAAAAACAGCUUAAAAGCCAAGUAUCCACAGCAAAACAGAGCUUGACUGUGAGUAUCUGUUGUGCCUCUGACAGGAAGUCUCAGGUUUGGUCUGGAAGAGUUGGUUGGUCUGGAAGUGUUGGUUAGUCUGGAAGUGUUGAUUGGUCUAGAACCUCCUGGAAACAGGAGCUUUCCAUCUGUCUUGAUAGAGAGCUGUGUCUUCUCCCUGCUGCCAGAGGACACAAAUGGGGCUUAGCAUGGGCAGUGGACCUCGGGGAUGAAGCC